AUGGGUGGCUAUACAUACAAUUCUGGCUAUACAUACGGACUGGGGGAUGAGAUGCUGAAGAGCAGACCACUUGAAAGAAAUCUGGAGAUCUUGGUCAACGAUGUUUCUUCAGCUUCUUCCAGUUCUGGGAAUUUCAGCCAGUUCAUAUCAGACUUAGCCAUCAGUCAACACUCAGCAUCCUCAUCCCGUCAACCUACCACUAAGCUUCAAAACGGCAGAGAAUAUGACAUGGGGACAGUCAAGAAGGCCAAGAGCCGCACAGCUUUCUCCUAGGAGCAGCAGCAGACCCUGCAUCAGCACCUUCAGAGCCAGAAGUACUUCAGUCCCCAUCAGAUUCAGGAGCUGGCUGCUGCCCUGGGGCUCACCUACCAUCAGGUGAAGACUUGUUUUCAAAACCAGAGGAGGAAGCUGAAAAGGUGCCAGAAGAAUACCUUGUGGACUGCUUGGAUUCAGUGUGUCAUGCAAAACAGCUUUCAUCCAAGUUCUUACCUGGAUGUGUACCCAAAAUUCCACCAGGUCUACCCGAUUUCUGCUGCCAGCAACAUCCAAAUAAUGCCUACCCCCUGUCAACACUACAGAGCAGGGCAGAAGGCUUACAUCAUUUUGACCAGCGAGGAUGGAGGAGUCUUUUACAAAGGUGGUAGCAUCUGCAGCAUCCAGCAGACAGUGGGCUUCAUUGCCCAGCACAAAGUAGGAUUUUAUUAUAGUUAUCCUGGCAGCGUGGAAUAUUUGUGCACAAAGACAAGUGGUGGUUAUAACUUUCACCAGUCAGCCCCCAUGGGGGCAUCAUUCCCAGCCACUGCUGGCCACCAUCUCUAUCAUUCCUAAACACUGUGGAUGUGAGGAAUUUGGGCACCUUGGAAUCAAAUCUUAUUCUCUUCUCUCCCUUCGUUAUUCACAUAAGCUCCAUUUUGGGACCCAAAUAUUUACUUGCAAGCGUAGCCAGACAUAUAGAUGCUUGCACAGACAUGUAUACACAGCCAUUUAUUCGUAUGCCUUUACAUGUACACAGGUACACACUCUUCUUUAUUUGCAAAAACAAAUUCCCUUACUAGACUAUCUGACUAGGCUGACUUGAUUAUGCCCUAGAUCUUCUAAACUGCAGACCUCAAAACUUAUGUAAGCAAAUACAGAUGUAUUUAAUGUAUACAUAUCAUUAUAUGGCUGUAUAUAUAUAACACAUAAAGACACAGGCUGUAUGUAGAGGUGCUGGUCCCAUAGUUUUCAGUGACAUUGAAUAAGUUUUUGUCACACACCAGGUACCUAUUUGAUGGUUAGAUCACCAGUUCUGCAGGUUAUCACAAGUUGUACAAUUGAUAAAGUAUAUAGCAAAGGGAGAUUUAACAAGUUGCUUGCAGAAAAGGUGUUGAGAUGAUAUUAUAAGCAUCAAAAUGAUAAGUAAACUUUAUUCUAUCUUCCUUUGUCUCCUCUUAAGAAAACCUAAAAAGUUCA